GACGGACAUGGCUGCUUCUUCAUCGUGCCGGUCAUCGUCAAUACGGGGGGCAGCGCUUACAAUCGCCCCAUCAUCAGCGACAUCCUCCUCAAGCACUUCAUCCCGAAGUUUGACCGAGCCAUUUGGGGUGAGAAGAGCACCAAGGGCAAAAUUCACCUCCCAACCCCUUUAGGAGACAAUUUUAACCUUGGAGCGCAAGGAUGGAAUGAUGCAAGGGAGAAGGACUGCUGUUUGCAUGUUUUUCAAGGCAUAUGGCUGGAAUUUCCGAACUUGCAUUUGGAGCUGGACAACAUAGCAAAGGAGGAAGCCAUUAUGUACAACUUGGUGGGGCACGAGUUGGCAGAUGUGAUUGUGGUGUGCAAUCACUUGGCUAGUGUUCUUCAGGUUUUGAGGGAAGGCAAGAAGGGCGAAGACUUUCUACAUGAAUACUACAAUCUCACGGUGGAGGCGACAGCAAGGGGCUUCAAGCAUGUGGGCGCAACGGCGGAUGGCAUCAAACGUGAAGUGGAAAGCAUGAUGCUUGACCCGAUGACAGAUUGGGGAAAGAGUUCCUUGCCGGUGCCGGCGCACUUGUGGAAAUUCCCGCCCAAAUAG